AGUCUGUGUGAAGCCAGCGUCGCGGUCGCGUCUAGACGUCCUAUCGCCUGCUCUCACUUGUGUUGGCUGACAACCGUCGAGCAUGCAGUGUUGUGGUGCACUUCCCCCGCGUCCCGUCCAAGGGCCCAUCCGUCAGGCCCUGUCGUCGGCCCGUCAACCGACCAAACUAGUUUCUUGUUGCUAAGUGUUACAAGUUUACUUAUUUUCCUACAGCUUUAUCCUUUACAUAGUGCUGUGAACGUUGUACAUAGUGCUUUGGAGACACCGUACUAUAACAGCAAAAUAUACCAGAAUUCCUCCCAAUAAAUUCAAAAGGAUAUUUAUGCAGAGCUGUUCUCAGGAUGAACAUUCAAUAUACUCGUUGAUGCAAGAGUAGUGGCUGGCUGCUGUGGGCAUUCGCAUUCGCAUUCACAGUUGAUUGUGUUCAGCGCUCACACUCUGCUGGUGUAAAUUGCAACGGCCAUUCUCUGUUCACGGAUUAACAGCUUCAGACAAACGUUCAGUGAUAUUCGUUUCUGUUGAUAAAAAAGUGAUCCGACAGGAGCGGCCCGAUUAUUGACUUCCGUUAGUGCAAUAUUUCAGUUGUAGAGACAAUUUCGAUGCGCCACAGUUGUACAAAACAAGUGCUACGACGGUGAAUUCAUUACAAUGCAGACGUCUUUUUCGACAUCUAUAAGCUCGCUGCAGAGGAUAUAUAUCCUGUCAACCCUUUUCAUUCUGUCUCUACUUGCAUGUCUAUCAGGAUCAGCGUACGUGAGUCAGGCAGGAGGCAACUCGGUUGACUCGGCCACACCAACCCCCGAUCGGCUGACACCCUACUUCGACCCCCUCACGCCUCGCAACGUCACUGCCCUCGUCGGCAAGUCGGCCUACCUUAGUUGUCGUGUACGCAAUCUAGGCAAUAAGACCGUGUCGUGGGUGCGGCACAGAGACAUCCACAUUCUGACGGUGGGCGGCUACACGUACACAUCGGACCAGAGGUUUAUGGCGCUGCACCAUCGCGACAACGACGAGUGGACGCUGCAGAUAAAGUGGGCCCAGAAGAGGGACGCUGGCAUGUACGAGUGCCAGAUCAGCACGCAGCCUGUCAAGAGCUUCUUCGUUAACCUCAACGUAGUCGAUUCCAGCCCGACAACAGAAGCGAAUGUGAAGCUUUUAAUAGAAUCGCCGAGAAUUUAUGAAGAUGUUUACCAUCAGAUGUUCAGGGACCAUAGCGAAGUUCCUACAGCAGCAAUAUUGGGAGGUCCCGAUAUUCAUGUGGAUAAGGGCAGCACAAUCAACCUCACUUGCACCAUCAAAUACAGCCCUGAACCACCUGCCUACAUAUUCUGGUAUCACCAUGAUGAGGUGAUAAGUUAUGACUCAAGUCGGGGAGGAGUGAGUGUGAUAACUGAGAAGGGCGAAGUGACUACCAGUUACCUGCUCAUUCAGCAUGCACGUCUCACUGACUCCGGCAAAUACAGCUGUAGCCCUUCCAAUGCGGACCUUGCUAGCGUCAGGGUGCAUGUUCUCAAUGGUGAGAGCCCAGCAGCCAUGCAGACAGGCUCAGCCGGUCUGUCCAACAGCUCGUUCAAUCUGCUGACGCUGCUGUUGCUCUGCUGGACCUACACGGCUCUCAUCGAGCAGAUCCGCCUCAAUCCGGGUCAUUGUACGAGAUAAUAUUAAUCUGUAAAUUUAUUACCGCCAACGAUUCCAUCAAACAUUUCCACCUUUGCUCUGUGCUUACACAGGUGCCAAUGUAAAUCAUGUAAAUUACUUAAGUACGGUACUCAUCAUUGUUCUCACUAGCAUUCUGUAAGGCCUUCGAAGAUUCGUGUGCGAGGAAUGAUUCAGGGGCAUUAUUGGUUUCAAAUUUUAAGUAUCAUCGUUGAGAGUGAUCCUCAAUCGGAAGUUGAGAAUUAUUCUGAUAAGGGUUCAUUUUAUACAAUAAGAUUGUUAUUACUGGUUCCAAACUGUGCCUGUACAGUUUAACGAGGUACCAUCGUUAAGAGUGAUC